CGGAGCUGCGGCGGACGGUGAAGAAGGAGGCGGUUUGUUGUUUGUUGUUUUCUUCGACGGUUUCUGCUGUUUGGUCGUCGGUUCCCCGGUUUUACGGACGAAACGAGCGGGACAGAAACAGUUUCACGCCGUAAACCAGCCAAGGGCCGCGUUUAGCAUCUGCUGCGUCGAGCGGAAAGACCUGGAAACAUGAAAUGGAUGUUCAAAGAGGAUCACUCGUUGGAACAUCGAUGCAUAGAAUCAGCCAAAAUCCGCAACAAAUACCCUGACAGGGUCCCGGUGAUCGUGGAGAAGGUUUCUGGAUCACAGAUUGUGGACAUCGAUAAGAGGAAGUAUCUGGUUCCCUCCGACAUCACGGUGGCCCAGUUCAUGUGGAUCAUCAGGAAACGCAUCCAGCUACCCUCAGAGAAAGCCAUCUUCCUGUUCGUGGACAAGACGGUGCCUCAGUCCAGCAUCACGAUGGGGCAGCUGUACGAGAAGGAGAAGGACGAGGACGGCUUUUUAUACGUGGCCUACAGCGGAGAGAACACCUUUGGUUUUUAGGAUCACAGCCGACGGCGACGCCCACCCACAUCCAAUCACAGCCCUCACUCAGCCUGAGGACGGCGAGGGAAGCCCAGAGAUUCAGAGACGGACGGAGGGACGGAGGGACGGAGGGACAUGAAGGCAGCAGUCUGUUGGCCCGUGUUGCACCGGUUCUUUCCAGAGUCAUAGAUUCAGUUAGUUUGAUGUCGUGAUUCGAGUGUUUUAGGAUGAACCUGAUUUACUUUGUUUUGUUUCCACCUUUUAAACGCGUGAAUGACUUUUGCUUUUAGUUGUGCUUUUCUUCUUUGGAGACAAUAUUUAAAAGAAUUUAAUUUAAUUAUUUGAAGGUAAGGUAGCUGGAUGACCUAACCAAUAAAAAGAGCAAAUUAAACCGA